ACUCAAUGAAAAUUUCAUUUGCGUGCGUGAAGACUUAUUUUGCUAUCAAGUCUUUUCAGAGCGGGUCCGUUAAUAAACAGUCUCACAAAUAUUUGCCUCCUUUAAGUUUUCAUGUUCGUUUCGUUGGAAGAAUAUGUUGGCAUUCGUAUGGAAAAAACCGCUCUAUUCCGACCUCAUAUCAUCACGUUGGCUCAAAUAUAUUUUGUCAACAAGUUGCCGCAAAUAGACGCAUACAAAUUUUUGAAAGGAAAGCAUUAGACAACACGUUGUUUUCGAAGCGUGAGUCAAGCUUUCCGGUUGAUAUCCAAAAGCUCCUCGUUUCUGGUCACGUUUCGCUUUGGCAAGUUUUAACCUUUGCACUUGUCGCAGUAGUCAUAUGGAGGCUCCUUUCCACUAUGCAGUCGUUCCGACAGAUGUUGACGGACCCUUCAGCAACAGGACCCAACAGAUUCUUUGACACGUUGCGCACAUCUAUGUAUGGAUUUUUUUCUGAUAACUUGAAGAAAGAGGAAAAAAUGGAGACAGAUUUGAAGCCGAUUCUCGAAAAGCUGGUGAUGCGUAGAAAUCUUUCUUUAGAAGAGUCGAGAGAGUCUGUUGCGAAGUUUCUUGGUCAAAGUGACGCAAACCCAUAUCAAGUUGCAGCAUUUCUUUCGCUACUACGAUCAAAGGGAGAAACUGCCGAAGAACUGGCUGGGAUGGCACUUGCAAUGCGACAACAAAGUCUAUCGGUUCCAUUGCCUUCAAGUAUCCCAUAUUUGGUUGAUAUCGUUGGAACAGGGGGUGAUGGUGCAGAUACAGUAAAUAUUUCAACCGGAGCUGCUAUUCUUGCAGCAGCUUGUGGAGCCAAAGUUGCAAAGCAUGGAAGUCAUUCUUCUAGUUCGAAGUGCGGAUCAGCAGAUGUCUUGGAGUCGUUAGGAGUUAAGGUGUCUUUAUCUCCCAAAGCCAUCGCAAGAUGUUUGGAAGAAGUUGGAAUUGCGUUUCUAUACGCUCCUAGAUAUCAUCCUUCCAUGAAGCUUGUGGCCAAUAUUCGAAAGGGUUUACGUAUUCGAACAGCUUUCAAUUUACUUGGACCACUCACCAACCCAGCUCUUGUUUCCCGACAAGUCAUUGGGGUUUCACAUGAAGAAUUGAUGGAAAAGUUGGCCAUAGCAUUACAGUUAUUAGGAACGGAACGAAGUUGGGUUUUACAUUGUUCAGGUUUGGAUGAACUGUCUCCUCUUGGAAGUGCUACUGUACUCGAGGUUACUCCCGACGAUAUUCAUCGAUAUGCUAUCAAUCCUGCGCAAUAUGGCUUUCCUACCUGCCAACUAGAAGACCUUAAAGGAGCUGAUGCAAAUUUCAAUGCGCAUAUUUUAAGGGAAUGUUUGCGUGGAAAGCCAAGUGCUAUCAGUAACUCUAUUAUUCUGAAUGCUGGCGCUGCACUCGUUGUUUCUGGUAUGUCUGAAAGUUUCGGCGAAGCGAUCACUCUGGCUGCGAGAACUCUCAUGAGUGGAUCUUCCUUGGAGCUACUAGAACGUUGGAUUAGAUUGACUCAGACUCUUGAAUAAUUUCCUUUUUCAGCAAGUUGUGAGGAUAAAAUACUAUGAUGUGGUGAAGAAUUUGUCAAAUGUGCUGCUAAAGUUUAGAGGAUCGAUUUCUGACCAAUGUGGAAACACUGCAGUCAUUCUUUCAGCAGUUAGAUUCGGAAAGUUGUCUGAAAUGACCGUUUUUAGCUGUUCAAAUACGUAUUCGUUUCCCUUUUCAGAGAAAUGGAGACCGUCGGUAAAGAAAGUUUGCCACUGAAUUUGUUGCUGAAUACUUGUCCAAAGAUCUAAACAAGGCACUUGAGCUUCUACAGCCACACGUUUACAAGCUUCUGCAUAGUCUUUGACUCUCGAAGCCUUCCGAAGCACUGGUUUAUUCUUUUGUCUGCAGUCUUCUUCCCAUAAUUCUUCAACGAAAGGGGGUGGUGUCACUAAAAGUAACUCUGCUCGUGCAACUUGUGAUUGUUU